ACACUUUAUCGAUAAGGAAAUUGAAAGUCUCUCACCUCUAAGAAAAAUACAACAUAUUGAACGAAACGUCUAAAUAUUUAUUAACAAAUUAUACUUAAAGCUUUAAAGAAUAAAAUAAAAAUUCUGAGAAUUUAAUCAAUUAAAGAAAUGGCACUUUUGCUGUUCACAUUUUAUUCAUAUAUACUACUCUGGAAUGCUAUUACUUCAUUUGGUUUAGUGGAUCCAAAGCUGAACAACUAUCAAAGGAAUGAAAUCUAUAAUAAUAAUGAUGACGUUGAGGACCGUACUGGGUCAUUUCCAUUCUUAAUGCCCUUCGUCUCGCCAAAAACACCAGAUUUAUAUUUGUGCACUCCUAUCAAAGUCGAUCCAACGACAUCGUAUUACAUAGUCGGCUACAAACCAAAUGCAACCAUGAAUACCGCUCAUCAUAUGUUGCUUUAUGGAUGCGGUGAGCCGGGAACAACAAAAGAAACUUGGAACUGUGGAGAAAUGUCAAAAUCAGAACCAGGGGAAGAAACCGGAAGUCCAUGUGGUCCCCAUUCGCAUUCGCAAAUUUUAUAUGCUUGGGCCAGAGACGCACCAAGAUUGGAUUUACCUGAGGGCGUUGGUUUUAAAGUAGGCAAGGAUUCCCAGACUAAAUAUUUGGUUUUGCAGGUUCAUUAUGCUCAUGUUGAUAAAUUUCGGGGUGGAGCUACAGAUGAUUCUGGUAUAUUUUUACAGUAUACUGAAAAGCCAUUAAAGAAAUUGGCUGGUACCUUACUUUUGGGUACCGAUGGAACCAUUCCUGCAAUGAGGACGGAACAUAUGGAAGCCGCUUGCGAAAUAACCGAAAAUAAAACGAUUCAUCCCUUUGCUUAUCGUACCCAUACUCAUGCAUUAGGAAAAGUUGUUUCCGGAUAUAGGGUACGGUCAAAUGCUCAGGGAGUUCAAGAAUGGACGCUUCUUGGAAAGAGAGAUCCCCUUACACCACAAAUGUUUUAUAAUGUUGAAGACACGUCGCCUAUAAUAACCGGUGAUUAUGUCGCAGCGAGGUGUACGAUGAAAAGCACUCGUCAUCGUGCCACUGGGAUCGGACCAACAAGUGAGGACGAAAUGUGCAAUUUUUACCUGAUGUACUACGUAGAUGAGGGAGAACCCCUGGAUAUGAAAUAUUGUUUUAGCCAGGGAGCUCCUAACUACUAUUGGGAUAAUCCUGAUACCGGACUACAUAACAUUCCACAUAUCGAAGCUAGUACUUUGUAAAUCAACAAACUGAAAUCUCAAAUCUCGAAACUAUCAAUUCAAAGCUGUAAAAAGUGAAACGAAUGUAUACUGAUUUAUCUGGGUUAUUUAUACCGUAAAUUUAUAUAUACUACCGAUUUAUUGUUGAACGUCAUAAUGUAUGAAAUUAUGUAAAACUAUGUUUAAUUUCGACAUUGCCAAUUAUUUAUUUAUGUAUAUACCAACAUAUAAAUUAAAAUAUACAAAUAUGUGUAGCUGAAAAUCAUUUUUAAUUUUGUUUCAACUCAUGUGGACUUACGAAAAUAAAUCUGUGUGUAUUGUGUAGUGCAA